AUGACUCAUCAAAAUAAUUUAUUAAAAGAAAAUUUAAAUUUAAAAAACAAAAAAGAAGAAAAUAAUUAUUUAAUUAAUGAUUCUGUUAAAUUAGUAGCUUCUUCUAAAAGCCCGUUCCUGACACGACAAAUUAAUGAAAAUAUUUUGGAAAUUAAAGGGGCGGAAAUAGAAGAGGAAGGAAAUGUUGAAAAUAAAAGAAAUAAUUGGAUAAAUUUUAAAAAUUUAAAAAUAAUUAAAAAUAAAAACAACAAUUUUAAAAUGACUGGUAAUAAUAGGAGAAAAGUUUGGAAUAAAAAAAUGGCUGGAGUUGGAAUUAUUGCUUUACUUCUUUUAACAUGUAGUUUUGGAAUUCUUGAUUCAUUUUUGGGUAACUCAGAUAAUGGAGAAGAAGAAGGAGAAGGGGAUGAAGAAAUUAGUGAAGAAGAUGCUAAAAAUUAUUUAAAUCAAUUUGGCUACAUUGAGGAACAAGAAGGACGUGCUCGUGAUGAAAUACAAAAGCAUAGAACGGCUGAUCAAAUGCUCGAAGAUUUUUCUUUAGAAUCUUUAAAAUCAGCAAUUUCAAAAUUUCAAGAAUUUGCUGGUUUACCUUCUACUGGAGAAUUAGAUAAUAGAACAAGAAAGAAAAUGAAAAAGCCGAGAUGUGGAAUGCAAGAUGUUGAAAUGAUUAGGGGAGGUAGAGGAGGAACUGGUACAACAUUAAUGUGGAGAAAAAAGAGAUUGACAUAUCGUUUAGAACAUGCAACUAACGAUUUGCCAACAUAUAUGCAAAGAAAAUCACUUAAAAUGGCUUUUGAUGCUUGGUCUCAACAUAUUCCAUUAGAUUUUGAAGAAAAUAAUGGAUAUGGAAAUGUUGAUAUUAGAGUUCGUUUUGCUAAAAAAAGUCAUGGUGAUCCAUGGUCUUUUGAUGGAAGAGGUGGUGUUUUGGCUCAUGCUACAUUUCCAACAGAUGGACAAUUACAUUUUGAUGAUGAUGAACAAUGGGCAUUUAUGGAUGCGGCAAAGAUUGGAAGUUAUCGAUAUACAGAUAUGUUUUGGGUUUCUUUACAUGAAAUUGGACAUGUUUUGGGACUUUCACAUUCAAAAGUUGAAACAGCGGUUAUGGCUCCAUUUUACAAAGAUCCAUCAGAAUUAGUUGAUUGGAGAAAUAAUUAUAAAAUACCAGAGCUUACUCAUGAUGAUAUAAAAGCAGCUAAAGCUGUUUAUGGAAAUAGAAAUGGUCCAAAACCAGUAAGAAAAGAUCCUCUUGUUGAUAUAUUUGAUAAUAGCGAAGAAGGUGAUAAUGAUAGACCGAGAAAAGGAAUACCUGAUAAAAAUAAUCCAGAUAAUGGUGAGAAUGAAGAAGAUGCAUUAAGUAAAGUAUUAAACGAAAUAUUUAACAUAUUUUCAAAUAAAGGAAUAAGAACGACAAACAAUAAUUCUAAAAUUAUUUUUAUUUUAUUUUUAACAUUAACAAUUUUUCUUUCAAUUUAAUUAUUUUUUUGUUUGAGUUAACAAAAUAUAAUAUUGUACAAAUAAAUAUAUUUGAAAUUUAAAUCGCAGGAUUUAAUCUUUUUUAAUUUGUAAAUUGUGGGUCUAUUUCCUUAAACUUAUCGAAUUCAAAUUAUUAUAGACACACCUCAAGUAUCUGAGGAGGUAUAGGAUGCUAAAAGUAUUUCAAAAUCCGAGUCACUGUCACUAUAUAGAUUUUAAGGAAUUUUCAAAAUUCGUAACUUUGCAAAAAUAUAUAUACUCCACUUUCCCGUCUAAUCCGUACCCCAAGGGUUUAAAAAACUGCCGCAGAU